CUAGCUCUUCACACGCAGAGCGUUGUGUGUACAGUGACUUCGUUCACACAACCUCAUUUUAAAAAACGUAAAAAUACAAAAAAAAAAUUUAAAACGUGAAAAAAAAACUUAAAAAAAUUAACUUCAAGUCACUGUCUACUGCUACAGACGAGGAAACUGCGAGAUUUACAUUCUUCCCAGAAUCUGCCACAAAAUCCUACACCUUGAAUCAUAAUGAAUGCCGCUGGUGGUGCCAACUACCCAAUGGGUUCCCUGUAUGUUGGAGACCUGCAUCCUGAUGUGACUGAAGCCAUGCUGUUUGAGAAGUUUUCAUCAGCUGGACCCAUCUUGUCCAUCCGUGUGUGCCGUGAUAUGAUCACUCGUCGCUCACUGGGAUAUGCCUAUGUCAACUUCCAACAACCAGCUGAUGCUGAGCGUGCUCUUGAUACUAUGAACUACGACACACUAAAGGGAAAACCAAUUCGUAUCAUGUGGUCCCAGCGUGACCCUUCCUUACGUCGCUCUGGUGUUGGUAAUGUCUUCAUCAAGAACCUUGACAAGUCCAUUGACAACAAAGCCAUGUAUGACACCUUCUCCGCCUUUGGAAACAUCUUGUCUUGCAAGGUGGCCUUGGGAGAAGAUGGUUCCAAGGGGUAUGGCUUUGUACAUUUUGAAACUGAGGAAGCAGCACAGAAAGCCAUAGCCAAGGUCUCAGGCAUGUUGCUGAACGGCCAGAAAGUGUAUGUUGGUCGAUUUGUACCCAAGAAAGAACGCUUGGCCCAGCUUGGUGACCAACGUAAGAAAUUCACCAAUGUCUAUCUCAAGAACUUUGGGGAGGACUUUGAUGAAGAAAAACUGAAGGUCAUGUGUGAGAAAUAUGGCACUGUAACAUCAGUGAAGGUGAUGUGCGAUGACAAGAGUGGACGUAGUAAGGGCUUUGGUUUCGUCAGCUUUGAAGACCAUACAGCUGCAGGCAAGUUUGUUGAAGAGGUGAAUGGACAACUUAUUAGCGGUAAAUCCAUUUACGCUGGACGUGCUCAGAAGAGGAUUGAACGGCAAGCAGAGUUAAAGGCUCGCUUUGAGGCCCUCAAACAGGAGCGAAGCAGCCGUUAUCAAGGUGUCAACCUAUACAUCAAGAACUUGGAUGAUGAGUUUGAUGAUGAAAAGCUUCGCAAGGAGUUCUCCAAGUUUGGCUCCAUCACCAGCGCCAAGGUUAUGAGAGACGACAUGAACACCAGCAAGGGUUUUGGUUUUGUCUGCUUCUCCUCUCCUGAGGAAGCCACUAAGGCUGUGACUGAGAUGAACGGCCGUAUCAUUGUCUCCAAGCCUCUCUAUGUGGCACUGGCACAACGCAAGGAAGAACGCAAGGCACAGCUGUCCAACCAGAUGAUGCACCGUGUCUCCACAGGGAUUCGCAUUCCUACCCAGCAAGUCGGUCAAGUGUUCCCCAACUACGGCAAUUACUACACCCCAACAAUCCCACCAGCUCAGCGAGGCAUGUACGCAGCCGGUCAAGUGGCUCAUGUCCGCAAUCCGCGCUGGCCACAGCCUCAGGCUAGGCCUGGUGGACCCUCGUUCCAGACCAUGCCUGCUGGGAGUAGGCACCAGUUUGCAGGGAACCCACGUGCUGCUGCAGGUGGGGCUACAUCUACUCGCCCAGUUCACCCUCGUGUGCCCCUUCAGCCUGCUCCUUCAGCCCAGCGAGUCACAACCAAUAUCGCAGCUCAGAACCAGCAACCGAUGCGUAUUGGUGCCAACAUGCCUGUUCAGGCAGCCAGUGUCCAGCCGAGAACUAUGAAGUAUGUUCCUACUGCAGGUACUCGUAAUCCACAGCUUGUCUCAGCCAUGCCCAACGCUGCUCAACAGCCUGUGCCUCAGGCUAUCGAGGUGUCAGGUCAGGAACCUCUUACGCCAAGCAUGUUGGCUUCAGCCACCCCUCAACAACAGAAGCAGAUGUUGGGUGAGCGUCUCUUCCCGUUGAUCCAACGUAGCCAUGGUGAACUGGCUGGAAAGAUAACUGGCAUGCUGUUGGAGAUAGAUAACUCCGAGUUGCUUCACAUGCUGGAGUCUUACGAACUCCUCAAAGCCAAGGUUGAUGAGGCUGUGAAUGUGCUGAAGGCACACCAGGCCAAGGAGGGACCCACCAAACAGAGCAUGGCUCAACAGCAGUAAAGUCACAGCCAUAGCCAGGGGGCUAGUCUGGUAACCUGUCUCCAAGCAGUAACGACUCCUCAAAUAACACUGGAUAAGGGUAGUCCAGUAACCCAUAACUGGGCACUAACUACCUCUAACAUGGCCAACUGUUUUACAGAAGCUUUUACGUGGUAUUUCACCUGAUCACAUUUCCCGGAUGAAACUUAUUAGCUGGUGUAAAUCAAACAUACAUAUGGGUUGUCUGCUGGAAAGUUGGCACCGUUUCCUGUCGUCUGUAGCACUACAACAAAUAUAUCCAAAAUAUCAAAAAAGCAAAAAAAAAAUUGCAAAAUGGUAUAAAAAUGGGAGAGAAGGUUGCUGACAAAAAUAAGAGGUAUUAGUCUAUAAACAAUUUAAGCAUCAACAGAAAAAAAUCAAAAGAUAAAAAGUCUAUAAAAACAGCAAAAUGGUAGUGAAGUAAGCAGGUGGGAAAUGGCUUAGUGUCUGUCAUGAAAGAUUUUUGGAGGAGGGAAAACACAAAAACUAAAAACAAAAAAAAACUACUAAAAAAAGCGAGAAAAUGCCAUCUUGGUGGUGUUUAAUAAAAUGAUAAAAGGAACAGGUAAAUAAAAAAUGAAAAACAUUUCAAAAAUUUGCAAACUUAAAAAAAUUCAGAACCCUCCUUUGUUUUAAUAGUUAACUAGGUCAGUUAAUUUGGUUUUUGUUGGGCUGGUGUUUAUUCAUUUUAAAGUAGAUUUGCCCUUGUUCUUCUCUUUUUAUGUAUGUGUAACAAAUAUCUUUUUGCAUGGAGUAGCUUAUUUUGACGACAUAGCUGGGUCUUGUUACAUGUACAGGACAGUGUUAAUGAGGAUCAUAUAUCAAAACUCAAAAGUACUGUGCAACAUUGGGCAAGUAAGAUCAAGGACCAUAGUUAACCAUAGUUUGACUAACUCUGAUCGGACGCACGUUGGGUUGGUCGCAUCGUUGGUUGCUAUAAAUUAUUUUUAAUAGCACAAUGCAGAGGACCAGUUGAAAGGAAAAUGCUGGGAAACAGUAUGUCGUUAGUAAACGACCAUUCUCACUUUUAAUGUUAUUUUUCCCUUCCUGCGGCCACCUUUUGUCCCCUUGACUAGGGUCAUUCGCACUUCAACAUUACUGUACAUGCUGUAGGUAUUGUCCAACCACUAGUGGUCUUUGAUUGAACUUGGCCUUUUCCUGGACACUGCACUGUUGGUUAAGUCAUAAUUUGUUCAAUAAUUAACAGCUACUGGUCAAUUUUCCCUGGUAAGCUGUGCAUUAAAACAUCCAGGAUACCAGCCAAAAAUCAACCAGUGGUUGACAAAUUGACUUGCCAUAGCUGCAACACAGUUAUCCCUUUUGUGUACUCUUGACGUUUGUUGAUCAGAGAACAUGUGUUGAAGAGUGCAUAAACCGGAGAGGUUAUUUUGUUUUGAUGAUGGCAAGACUUGAAUCCAAAGAUCAAAGCUUUGUCAAUGCUGCAGUUCCCAACUACAUGUAACUUUGUUUUAAUAACUUCACUGGUUGCUUGUUCUUUGUGUUUCUAAUUAUAGCAUAGCUUGUUUUACUUUCUGUUGAAAAGAGGGCUAAUCAAUAAAAAGUGAGUUGAGUUAAUA